AUGGAGAAGAAUAAUCAAACUCAAAUCGAAAGGAGAAACAGAGGGCAGGUCCAGAGGGAUUUAUUGGGAUCCACGCCAUCUUGGGUCGCCAGGUUCACUAAAUUCCCUCUCCAAAAGAAAGCCCCCAUGGACCAACCAAUGCAAGUGAAAUUGCUGAAGAAUAAAGGAAGGAGAGUGGUUGAAAUGGAGGAACUAUUGAAGUAUCAAUCCGAGACGCACACCAAAAAAAUCAAAGCACAAAUGACCCGAGUUUUUGGAGAGCUUAUGACAUGUCACGUUCAACAAUGCAUCAAGAAAAACAAAAAAAGAAUGGAUGAAGUUCUUCAAGAGCUUAUGACAUUUCAUGAUAAGCAGAAAAUACAUAAGAACAAAGUACUAAUGCGUGAAGUUUUUACAGAGCUAAGGACAUUUCAUGAACAACGAAAGGCUGAAAAGACCAAGGAGCAAAUGCGUACAGUUUUAACAGAGAUAAUGAUGUUUCAUUCUCAGCAAAAGAUGAGGACGUCCAAGAAACUCAUGACUACAGUUUUUGCAGAGCUAAUGACUUAUCAUGCUCAGCAAAGGACUAAGCAGAUCAAAGAGAAAAUGCGUCAAGUUUGUGCAGAACUUAUGACGAUUCACGCUCAACGUGAAGCACAAACAGACAAGAUGAUGAAAAGAAUGCAGUUAGUGUUUGACGAGCUACUGCAAACUAACACUGAAAGGAAAAAGUUGAAAUUAUUGGAGGAGGAGGAGGAGUUCGUACCGAGAAAGCUGUUCCUGUUCAACAUCAUCAGUUUCAAGCAAACCGAUGAUGACCAUCUACUCCAGGGUCCGAGGUAUCCAGACCUAUCAAGCCUUGUGGCAUCAGCUGAACUUGAACUACCCCCAGAGUCCUUAUAUGGUGCCUGCUACGUUGUUGAUGAUGAAAACAAAGGCGACGACGAAGAGAAAAUGGAGAUUCCAUCAAAUAAUUUGGAGAAGAAAAAGAAUGGAUGGAGAAGAAGAAUUAGAAAGUUUUUAGGAUUGAAAUAGACAAUGAACAACAUUGAGCAUUGGAUUUAUCAUAUCUGUUAUAUAUUUCUAUAUUGUCGGCUACAUCUCUGUACUUUUGUGCUUUUAUUGUCAACGUUCAAAUCUACAAGUUAAAGUGA